AUGCACUCGGGCACGCGAGGGCGAGGCGAUUCGCGGCGCCUCGUCGGCUUGAGGACCCGGUCGUCCGAGUCGGCGAUCCUCAACCUCACUUCGGGCGCCGCGCACGCCUCUGGCGUUGCCCUGCUCCUUGUGGUUGCUGCUCUCCUGGGCGUGGUGGCGACGGCGCCAGAGAUGGCCGUGCAGGCGCUGCUCGCGUGCAGCGUCGGCCUGCGGCGAGGAAUCCGCGCCGACACGCUCGCCCUGGUCGCCGCUGUCGUCCAGCGGCCCUCGGGCGUCGGACCGUGGCGCUCUGCCGUCGGGGUAAUCCUUUCGCUCGGCCAUGGCGCAUUGGUCAUGGGGUGCGCCUGCGGCACCAUCGCGGGCGUCCAAGUGGGCGGGGUGGGACUGGUCCACGCCGCGCGCAUUUCAGGCGCGCUCGCCCCGUGCGUCGGCGCGAUCAUCCUCGUCGGCCUGGGCGGCGAGAGGCUCUGCGGUUGCUGCUUUCGGGUCUUUGCCGCGGCGGGCACCCCGACAUCGGUCCUUCUCAUCGGUCUGCUGAGCGCGCUCGACCUGGACUGCGCCAUGGAGGUGAGCCUUCUCGCAACCUACGUUCUCGAGAUGAGGAGCCUCCCGGCCGCCUUUGCCCUCGCGCCGCCUCUCCUCUUCAUUCUCGGCAUGGCGCUCUCCAGCUCGGUCGGCGCGAUGCUUCUCCUGGGAGUCUACGAGUGGUCGACGGAUUAUAGCCCGCCGACGCGCCGACGCUGCUGCGCCUGCCUCGACGCCCUCUCCGCCGCUUUCGCCAUUUUUGCCGCCCUCGCCCUUGUGGCGGAGAAUGCGGCGACCUGGCCGGACCUGGCCGACUCCACGCGGUUGCAAUGGGCGGCGCAACGGACGAAAGCGCGGCUGGAGGCGCUCGGCGUCGCCACCGCGGCGGCGCUCCUCGCCCUGAACUGCACCAUGGUGGUUGUCACGCCGUUGCUCGCGUGCGCCUCGUCCUGCCGCCGCCGGCCGCUGGUCGGUCCACGCGCCGAGGCGCUGCAGCAGCCACUGAUGACUGCGCCGGGGCCCGACGGCCUCGAGCCGCCGCACGCGGGGCCGGAGGCGCCUAGGUGA